CUCGCCCGUUGCCGAUUCCAACUAUCUGCGUCUGCCUCAAGAUCGCCCUCGCUGUUGACCAAUUUGUCCCUUCGCGCCAUGUCUACCUCCGCUGCUCCCCAUUUCAAGCCCUUCAACCUCGCUCUCAUCCAACUCGGUCGAACCAGCUCAGACAAGCCUUCCAACCUCAGGCAUGCUCGCGAGAUGAUUCUGCGCGCCGUAGAGGGUCAGAACGGCACAAAGCCAGAUCUCGUCGUUCUUCCCGAAUGCUUCAACUCUCCCUAUGGACAUGUCCACUUUCCCAACUACGCCGAGACGAUCGGCUUCACACCUGGGAAGCAGUAUGAUAUCUCUGCUAGCUCGAGUGAAUCAGUCAAAAUGCUAUCUGCUGCCGCCAAAGAGGCCAAGGUCUGGCUUGUUGGAGGCUCCAUUCCCGAGCGCGAUGAAACAGAUGGAAAGGUAUACAAUACAUGUACCGUCUACUCUCCCGACGGCGCCCUUGUUACCACGCACCGCAAAGUUCAUUUGUUUGACAUUGACAUACCCGGCAAGAUCACGUUCAAAGAAAGCGAGACGUUGACGGGAGGCACGACAAUGAACUACUUUGAUACCGACUUUGCGCGUGUAGGUCUUGGGAUCUGCUACGAUGUACGCUUUCCGGAACUUUCCAUGAUUUCAGCUCGGAAAGGUUGUCAUAUAUUGAUCUACCCUGGCGCGUUCAAUAUGACGACGGGGCCGCUUCACUGGAGCCUCCUCCAGCGAGCGCGUGCGAUUGAUAACCAGGUAUACUUUUCCAUGUGCAGUCCAGCGAGAGAUUUGUCGGCAGGGUACCACGCGUGGGGGCAUUCGAUGGUCGUUGAUCCCAUGGGCAAGGUGCUUGCGGAAGCAGAUGAGACGGAGAGCAUUCUACACAUACCGAUUGCGCCCGAGACGUACACGGAGGCACGGGCGGGGAUUCCAGUGACGACGCAGAGACGGUUCGACGUAUAUCCGGAUGUGAGCAAGUGAUAACCAAGGCUGAGAUCUGAGACGUGGUCGAGGGUUGUACUAGUUGCACAGAACUACGUACUUAUCUAGCUAUAGAUCUAACCUCGAGGCAAUUGCAAUGACUGCAAAAUGCG